CAGUAGACCCUUAUCCUCGUUAACCAAGUUUGGUGAGCUAUCUUUCGUUUCAAGAACCAAACUAAAAGUUAUCCUCUCAGCAUCUCUCUGUGUUUUCUGCAAUCUUUUUAUCUUGUUUAGAUAGAUUAGGCACCAUCAUUGCCUGUUUUGUGCGCAUUUUGGGUUGGAGUGAGAAAUCAGUUACCUUCUUCCCUUUUCCAAACACCAAGCCAACACCAUCACCAACGUGGUCUAGAUCCGGCAUCCAUGGCAUUCUACUAAUCUAUGAUCCUCACUCUUCUAAACUAACAAACCCACUCUCCCAAUGGGAAAACGUAGCCUCCACCAUUAUGGAAAUGUCAACCAGGAACCAUGAAAGCCAUAUUCCUCUCCCCCCAAUCUUCCUGUGAGUUAGCAGUCAAUGGUGUUCAGAUUCAGAUCGAUUGAUUAAAGAUCAUAUGCAUCCUGCUGCAGUUUUCACUUUUUAGUGUAGUCAUCAUAAAGCAAAGCCACCCACCAGGCCACCUCCCCUCCAUUCCGUCAACUAGUGACACCUCAAUGGUUUGACCUGCUGCUGCUGCUGCUGCUGAUUCUUAAAAAAAGAUCUGAUCUUUUAGAUCCAAACAAACAAAGAGCUUCUUUUCUUUCUCCUCCAUUGCCAGCCGUAAGGCCAAAAAGGGGCGGGCAGCAGGAUUAUCAGUCAGGUAUUAAAGAUAGGUGGUUAACACCAAUCUUCGAUCAAUCAGUAUGCUUCUGAGGACGUCGUCAAGCCCAGGAAUAAAAGGAGCAGUCUUUACUGUCCUUUCAGAAAGCCCAGUAAGAGGCUUCCACCAUCCCACUAGCAAUUCCAGCAGCAGGCACCACCAGAAAAACACGCCACCAUCUCACCUCAGCUUGCCGCCUUUCUCCCCUCCUUCUCCUUCUUCUACUUCCUCCACCAGCGGGAAGACAUCUCCAUCGGAGCUGAAUCGAGAAGCUGGUAAAGGUGGUGGAGGAGGGUUUCGAAAGGCUUGGUCUGAUAGUAACAUUGACAGAUUUGCAGCUUCUUCUGCUUGUGAUUCUAAGCUACAACAAGAGUCUCUAACUCCGAGGCGGUAUCCACCAAGAAAAAAGAUGCUCCACUCAGCUCCUUCCUUCUCCAUCUUCACUACUACUGAUGAUGAAGAAGUGGGCGAAGAAGAAGAACAGAAAGAUGGGGUUUUGAUGAGAACCGUGACCAUUGGGGAGAAUAUUGGGAGUGGGGAGUUCAGCUUUGGGAAGGGGAAGGAAACUAGCAUGGAAUUGAUUGAGGAAGUGGAGGAGAAGGAGACUGGGGAAGAUGAUGAUGGAGAUCAAAUGAGAGGUUUGACUUUCAAUAAACGUGUGGUGAUCCCUCCGAGCCUGAGUGUUGUUGAAGAUGAGAACCAACCUGCUAGCCCUCCCAUGUAUCUUGCUACUGGACUUGGGCUCAACAGUACUAUUGAUUUCCAAGCUAAUUCAUCUUUGCUCGACUUUGAUGACGGUGGUGAUCUGGAAGAGUAUUACAGGAAGAUGCUGGAUCAAUUCCCUACACACCCUUUGUUCCUCAGGAAUUAUGCUCAUCUGUUGCAGUCCAAGGGAGACCUCCAUGGUGCUGAGGAAUACUAUCACAGGGCAACACAGGUGGAGCCUGGAGAUGGUGAGAUCUUGAUGCAGUAUGCAAAACUGGUGUGGGAGCUGCACCGCGAUUGCGAUAGAGCUAUGGGUUGCUUCGAACGUGCAGCUCAGGCUGCUCCUCAAGACAGCAAUGUACUUGGCGCAUAUGCUAGCUUUCUCUGGGAAAUAGAUGAGGAUGAGGGAGAUGAAGAAGAGAAAAUGGAGCAGAAAGAACACGUUCAUGUACUGCUCUCCACCAAUGGAGAACCUGGCAGCAAAGGAAGUUUGAAUGUGGAAGAUUAUUAUAAACAGAUGGUUAGGGAGCAACCCAACAAUGCUCUCGUCCUAAGAAACUAUGCUCAGUUUCUUUCUCGGACCAAAGGAGACAUGCAAGGGGCAGAGGAAUACUACUCGAGAGCAAUACUAGCCGAUCCUAGCGAUGGAGAGAUCAUGUCUCAGUAUGCAAAACUCGUUUGGGAACUUCACCGUGACCAGGAAAAGGCGUCACCUUACUUUGAGAGAGCGGUUGAAGCUGCUCCUGCAGAUAGCCAUGUUCUGGCGGCAUACGCUAGUUUCCUCUGGGAGUUGGAAGAAGAUGAAGAAGCGACAGAGCCUUGUAGUCAGCUCCCCGGGUCUGUUCAACUGGAGGGUGCUAACGUUGUUGCAGCUAACUGAAGAGUGAAGAAUAUCGAGCUUACUGUGAGUCUGUGACAAGAGGCUGGCUCUCUUCAACCGAGAAUUUAGGAGCCCAGAGAAAGCAGAGUCGGAUCUACAUGUAAUCACUUGCUGCCAUUUCUAAAUAACUGUUGCUGAUGUACUUGGUUACCACUGGAAAUAAGAAAAAGCUGAUGCUUUUAGCUUUGAAGUCUGGUGAAUACGAAUGUAUCGCUUUUUCGGUUGCCUUUUCCAUGUCCACUUUCCCCCACUUGAUGAGAUGAACACAGGGAGGCCGAACCCAGAUUCGUUCUGUAUCGAAUCGAAGUGAAGUAGAGUUCCACUCACUGAGUAUUUUGACGCACUCCACAUUACCAAAGAAUGAACAACUCCGAUUCUUACUGGUUUCUUCUGCAACAAAUGAUGCCUGAACAUCAAUACCCGCAGACAAAAUGCUUGCUGAACAAUGGGAAGAGAUGGAAGAACCAAUGAACGGGUCACAAACAUGGGCCAUCUAUCUCCAAGGAGUUGUUCACAAAAUCUGAGUUGGAUUGCCUAUUUGAUCUGGAUGAUCAGUUUGGAACAAACAAAAGGAGUAAACAUCAUAGGACCUCACUUUCCUAACCAAGUAUGCUGCUGCUGGUGCUGCAAUCUGAAUGAAGAUAUGAAUUGGGUAAGAGAUACUAUGAGUAUAUCGCUAUUAGAUUCAGAGGUGAUUGCAUUAAAGUUACUCCUCAAGG